AUGGUACUCCGCUGAAAAACGGAAGUGCACCAUCCUUUGUGUUUGAUCUUCCGAAGGUAUAUAGACAGGUAGACUGACACGCGUCGGCGCAAAGCGGCAUAUAUAUAGCAUAGGGUACUACUGGUCAGAAGUCAGAAGUGGUCAGAAGGCCAUAUGUCUAUUUCCAACAAUACUGUGCCGUCAUCCCUAGCAAUGCAUUAAAUAAAAUUGUUUACUUUUAUUUAAAAAUUAGUAUAUGAUAAAUUUAUCUGUGUAGCAUUUCUUAUUAAUAAUAAAAAUGACAUAUUUAAGUUCAUGGGAAGAAUUUGAAAAAGGUGCCGAGAGGUUAUAUCUUCAAGAUCCACUGAAGGCUCGGUACACAAUGAAGUAUUGCCAUACUAAAGGUGUCUUAUGUCUAAAACUUACAGAUAAUCGAACAUGCCUACAGUACAGAACAGAGAUAGCACAAGAUUUAAAGAAGAUGGAAAAAUUUAUAGGAAAUCUUAUGAGGCACAUGGCUUCUAAAGAGAGCUAAAUAAGGGACUAGAUAAGAUUAGGGACACUUUUUUAAUCAAGGAUUAAAAGUGCUGCGCAUUUAAUUCACUGUUUAUGUUGUUCCAUUUCAUAAGAUUCAGCGACUGAUGGGAUUAUAGAUAUUUAAUUUGAAUGAGGUAUAAAAAACUUUCUUAAAUAUACAAUAUGUGCAUAAAUGUCUAUUUUUUAUUUAUUUAAAGCUUCAUGCUCAUUUCGGGCGGUUCCGUUGUCUCCUUGUUAAAGUUCUGAAACAGUACAAAAUUAAAUGUAUCGUAGCAUGAACGAAAAUCGAUGUGAUAAUAAAUUUUCCAAACAAA